CAACACUGUCUUACAAGAACUCAAGAACCAAGCCCUGUAAAACUGGCAAUAAGAUUUCAGUCAGCAGCGCACUGCAAAAGUUACAUAAGCUGGCUUUCAUAGCGGCAUUUGUCAUACAUAACUAGUCAAUGUUGUGUUCUCAUUGUUCAGUAAUUACAGAACUCGAGAACCUUAAGAAGAUAUCGGCAAAGAUUACGUACCAGUUUGCGAGAAUAUUAUUAGACAUUAUUUAUUUGAAACAGAAUGCCUAAAUGUGCAGUCUGAAGUGACAUCAAGAAUGGAUUCAAGUACCACUUUGCUAAAUGCAUCUUACGCCUCUGACGCCGCAACAUUCAACAGCGGACAAGCUGGAUAUGUCUUCUCGCGCACAACGGCCACAAGCGGAGAAUUGUUUGCUCCACCGAACAUCACUUCGCUGGCUCACUUACCGUGGGUUUUUCAUUACCUGGGCCCGAUCAUUGUAGCAAGCUUGGUGCUGGCUGUAUUGAUUAUCGAUUUUCUCAUCCAUCAUUGUUGUGAUAUAUGGAAAGAACUAGUUACUUUUGUGAAGGAGUGGCCAUUCUUAUUCAUUCGUGGGACAUGUGUCUUCUUUUUAAACGCGUGUUCACUGCGUUUGAACUUCUUUAUUCCUUACUGGAGUGAUGACAGAAAGCUGAAUGGCGGAUGGUACAGCAAGCUCGACUCCGAAUAUUGGCGAAUGACUUUCUGGGAUCUGCUUAUAAAUGCUUCCUUACUGUUUCUGCUGUUUUUAAAACCCUUACAGAUGGAAACAAAUGCAGGCGGUGCAUCACCUCGUGAGAUGUUUCAUCGGAUGUGUGAAAGCUACAUCAGAUUUUUUAAAAUAAAGGACUUCAAGAUGCUGUCCAGGAAGAAAAAAUGGUCCUCCAUUAAAGCUAGAGCGUCCAGAUUGCUGCGCGACUGGGAAGUUAUUGUCAACGCAGCGAAUUUUCUCCUGAUUACAUAUGAGAUUGAUUACGUGUUUGGCCUGAAUAGCAUUACGAAUUUAACGCACUGGAGAUUUACCUUGCCCAGCCUACAGUUCCUACGCUUACUCUGCAUCGUGUGGGCGGGCGACGAGUUACUGGGCGUAUUUCGCAACAUUCCGAUUUCGAUUGCUGUAAUUUUUCGACGAACGACACGGAUCGUCUGCUGCUUUUUCUGUUUUGCUGCUUGGAUACAGCUGAUGGAAAUACUGGGAGACCCAUACACGGAAUACAAUGGUCAAAAGGAUUUAACAUAUGGCAAAGUUGUGGCAUUUCUCUAUGGAAAACUGGUGUACCUGGACGUGAUAUCGAUUCAGUUGCACACAACCUUAGCUAGAAUAUCCGUUUAUGUUGUGCAAGCCAUUAACUUGCUAUUCAUUGCGCAACUUAUACCGGACAUGUUGAAGCAGCUACCAAACAUUUUACGGCUUCGCUCGUUUGGCAAAGUUUACAGGAAAGGGGAUAAAGCGUUUGUGCUGCUACUCGGAUCAGUGGGACCGAAUGCUGUUGAGCAAUUUGCCGAAGACUUCUACAUUAGCAAUCGAGAAGAAAAUAUCUUGGUACUCCUAGAAUCAGCUGCCUCAUCAUGUGCCACAGAAGAGAUGCACAGUGUUGCCCGGAAGCACAAGCGAAAUUUGACCGUUGUCACUGGGUCGGUAUUUAACCAGGCUGACAUUGACAAAAACAUCUCCGACAUGUGUCGCUGUGCUUUUGUCCUUGCUAACGAAAGUGCGCCAAACCCAGAAGAAGAAGACCACCGUAAUUACCUUAGUGUGCAUGUGCUGAAGCAACAUCGCUCCAGACUUCGUGUCAUUGUUAAAGUCCUUAUGCUCCAUAACAAGGAUCUGUUUUAUGAUAUUCCCAACUGGAGUGAUGAACGUAACCUCUGCUCUGGGAGACCGCCUGACAGGGUCGUUUGCGUUCCUGAGAUUCAUUUUGCACUGCUGGCACAAAGACAUUUUGUACCUGCAUUAUCCAGUAUUAUUCAUGACUGGCUUAAUCCAUCUGGGGAUGAAACAAUCCGGUCGUAUGUCAUACCACAGGAUUAUGGAGAACCAGCAACUCGAAUUUCAAUACGUGAUAUAUCUACCGAACAAACGUUAGCAGGAGUAAGAAGUUUUUCUCCAGAUACCGCCAACGCCCCUACGCUGGACGAUGGUAACGCCAAACCAUUACGCAACCUCACGCCAAACAAACUUUCAUCAAACGCAAGCGUCGAAACGAAUUCCGGUGAAAGCAGUUCACCAGCCUUCAAAACUCAGGAUAAAAUUGCCACUGAUAUCGUUGACCGCAACCAUGAUAAUCCUUCAGAAGAUCCUUCAGAAACCGAACGUCUCCUAAAAAAAAGCGAAGCGGACGGUAACAAACUUCCAGCUGAAAGCCGCGAAGAUUUCACUCCCUCCCAGUCGGGAGAAAAAAGCACAGACCCUUGCGAUACGACCAAUGGUACCAAGAGUACUUCAACAGUUGAAGAGAAUUCAAAAGUUUCUCGGCUUUCACCGGUUUCCGACUCGGGUGGAAAUAACAGCAGGCUUCAAACCGAACCUCAAAUCCCGCCCGCCGCUACUGCCAUUUUAACAGAGCACCAAGCUAACGUCCAAAAAAAUCACUCCGGCGUAGAAUUCAAAGAUGUAAAGAAAGCCUAUGAAAAGCUAAAGGAUGGGAGUCCGUUUGCGGUGCUGCAGGAAGGAGAGUACCAUUUGUUCCCACGAGACAAUCUGAUUCUCGGACCUGGAACGCUGUUGUUCUAUGUAAAGCAUAGCCGUGAUACGGGAACAAACAACCGAGCUGAUGUUGCAUACAAUGAAGCAGCUAAAACUGCAGCUUACCGAUAUUUUGAACAGCCCCGCCAGCAAAAACAAGACUGAAAUACAAAUACGGGAUGUCAGCAAGGUCGAUGUGUACGAUAAAACGGGACAAUAUCAACUCAACCCUGAAGAUCAGCUCUAUUACAUCGAUCCAGACAAAUCCGACCAGGAAGACAGAGGAUUGAGCUUGUGUCGCGACCAUAUCGUU